CAGCGCGUUGCACGUACGCACGCAUCGAGCAGCAGCAGCAGCAGCAGCAGCAGUAGCAGCAGCGCGGGCGCGUUCAGUGGUUGUUGGAAACAGUCAGACACACACACACACACCUACACUAACACACACACACACAGACGGCGGGGGCCAGCAAACAAAAUUUUCAGUUCUUGCUGUUCCGCUUCUGUCCAAAAAAAGAAAAAAAGCGAAAAAAGUAGAAAAGGAAACUUUUGCAGCUUAUUUGAUGUUGUGAAUCGAAUAUCGAAUAGAACGCUGGAUUAGUGAAUGUAAUUAAAAGCAACUGCAGCUGUGCGAAAUAUGCAAAUUUAUUUAAUUAUCUGGUGAAUAAUUGAAAAAUCCAAGGCGCAUACCUGCGCACAUGUCCUAUAUGUGUGUGAGUGUGUGUGCGUCCGCUGUGAAUGUGCAUGUGUAUGUGUGUUGAAGGCUAAGCAGCAAAAGAAAAGCCAACAAGUAACAAAAAGAAAAGCUGCAUGUGUCCCACCCAAACAAAGUGAUAAAGACAAAGUGUUCAAGACAAAAUGUAAUAACUAUACUAUAUAAAUAUAUACAACAACAACAACAACAACUAAAACACCAAAAAGAAAUUUAAUUAAAUGAAACAGCAAAAACUCAAUGUUGGGAGAACUUUUCUGAUGAACUCAAGUCAAAGAUGCGCACAAUUAGCUUAAACUGACAACAACAGCAAAAACAACAAAAUAGAUGAGAAGCAGCUAGAGCAAAUAACACCAAACAACAACAGCAACAAAAUACAGCCAGAAUUUACAAAGCAAAAGGAUAAUCACAAUCACAACACAGCGAAAAAAGAAAAAAAAACCCAAAUAUAAAAACGAUUUAGUCAAAUAUUUUAAACUUAAAAACGUAGCACAUCAAAAGCCUUACGAAAUAUUUCAAACAACAAAAAAAAAACAAAGUAAAAUAUUUAAAAAUAAUUUUGUGCUGUGCUCUAAUUAUAUUUAUAUAAUUAAAAGUAGAAGAAAAGGCAUUAGCAGAAGAUCGCGACAACGUAUUCAUAAAUAUUUAAAUAGCAACUAAAAUUAACAAAGUAAAUCUAAAAAUUAAAACUAAAUAAUUGUAAUCAUUAUUCUUCCACUUAAAAGUUCGAAAUGUGUAAUUUUUAAAUUUCAAAAAAAGAAAAACUUAAAACUUAGUCAACAAAUUUAGAAGCAACAAACAAUAUACAAUAUAUAUUGCAGACAUAUAUACAGAUAUAUAUAUAAUAUAUAGAAAAUAUAUUCAAAACUUUUUAGUAGCAUUAAAGCGAGCAUUAACGAACAGUUUAAAGAUAUUAACAAAAUUUUAUUAAAAUUUAGCAAAAAAGCGUUGUGAAUUUAAUACCAAACAAAAAAAUACUACAAUACUAAAAUACUACAACUUAAAUUGAAACCUAAACGAAAUGAACUAAAUGAAAUUGUCUAUUAGUAGUUUUUAAAGGUAAAACACAUUUUAAACGAAAGUUUUAAACGAGCUUCUAACACAUGCGACUUGGCAAAACAAAUAGCAAACAUUAUCCUUAACCUUAACCGCAGCCCCCAACAACGCAACAACAACAAAAACAGCAACAACAACUACAAUCGAAUUGCAGGUCUUGGCUUGGCGCCAGCCUAAAAGCAGGCAACACAAAUUUAUACAAAUUUGGCGAGCUCAAGGUGCUGCAGCGACGGCGACGCUGACUCGACGACGACCUUCGCGUGUGCAGUUUGCCUAUUGCACAAUAGAGGGCGCCACACUACGCCAAAACUCUGAAACACACUCACACACGUAGAAACACACCAACACACACAGGCAGACAUUUACUGACACACAUUCGAGUGCAGGGCGUCAUGACCGGAAGUGAGGUACAACUGAGCCUGUCGGCCUUUGCAUAACCUUAAGCCAGAGCGCUUUCACUUGCAGUGGCCAGAAAAAUGCCGGAAAUGAGCCACCUGCAGGAUAUUUCGAAAGUGGAGAACCUCACCAAAGCCGUACUCAUCUCCAUACUGGGCGUGGCGAUAGUGUUGUCCAAUCUGCUGAUCAUCGCCACCUAUGCCAACUUUAAAGGACCCACGGAGGUUAUUAACUAUUAUCUGCUAUCGCUAGCAAUCGCUGACUUGCUAUGCGGUCUACUCGUGGUGCCCUUCUCCGUUUACCCCGCCCUGAGGGGCGAAUGGGUGUACGGCGAUAUCGUGUGCCGCUUCACCGGCUAUCUGGAGGUCACACUGUGGGCCGUAUCCGUUUACACCUUCAUGUGGAUCUCGGUGGAUCGUUAUUUGGCCGUACGCAAACCGUUGCGCUAUGAAACGGUGCAAACGAAAACGCGCUGCCAAUGCUGGAUGGUCUUCACAUGGAUAUCGGCAGCAUUACUUUGCUGUCCACCAAUUCUGGGCUACUCGCAGCCCAUCGAGAACAAUGUGACGCACAUUUGCAUGCUAGACUGGGGCAAUAUGGCGGCAUAUAGUGCCACAUUGGCGAUAUUAGUAUUAGGUCCCAGCCUCAUAUCGAUAGUACACAACUACGGCUACAUAUUUGUGAUGAUGCGCAAAAUUAGGUCCGGCGAGCCCAUACAUGAUAAAGAAUAUGCAACUGCAUUGGCUGAAAAUUUAUCGAACCCUAGUCAUAUGAUGUCAUUCGCAUUAGUCUUUGCAUUCUGGAUGUCCUGGCUGCCAUGGAUAUUGUUGCGUCUCUAUGAGGUGGUCACGGGCGAGGUUAUCCAAAGUACUCUUAUCAAUUUCGCAGUCGUUUGGAUUGGUAUAUUGAAUUCAUUUUGGAAAAUUGUGAUUAUGACCGGCAUGUCGCCGCAAUUUCGCAUUGCGUUGAGAGUAUUUUGCUUAACAAUUUGCUGUAAGACUAAGGGCAGAUUGCAAGCGGAGCUAAUCGGGUUGGACCCAGAUGACUAGAGCCGUUAAAUUUUCAAGUAUAAAUUGGUUGUAAAUCGCAUCUUGUGUCAUUUGAAAAUCAAAAACAAAAAGUGAACAAAAAAAAAAGAGAAAUCAUAACAAUACAAUAUGCCCAAUAACUGAACCGUACUUGUCCCCUUGGCCACAUAGUUGCAUAUUUAUGGACCGCUCUGGGCGAUGCGCACCAAACAAAAUACUCUCCAUCUCCACAACAACAACAACAACACCAACUAAUACCAAACCAUUCAACAUCCAUCCACCACCAACAACAAUAUUAAACAACAGCAACUACUAACUACUAAAAACAACAACAACAACAACAUCUGCAACCAACAAAAGAAAACAAAAACAAACACUGACAAGUUGAAAGACAUAUUCAUUAUAAUAGUUAAUAAGCUAAAAACAUUUGGUAAGAGUUUUUAUUAUUAAUUAAUUAACUAAUUAAUAAUAUUAUUGUGUAUUUAUGAGCUUACAACGUACAGUAUAUGUUCGUAUAUAGCGUGUAUGUAUACAUAUCUAGCUAUAUACCCAUAUUACUUAUGUCUAACACACGCCUAGUCCACAUACCAGAGAUAUCAUGGAAUUUAAUUUCCGCCAGCUACAUUUCCGUUUUCGUUGGCAUUUAAAUUUGAAGAACUUGCAUUCAUCGUUAUCGUUAUCGCUAUUGUUUCGGUUAACAGCGCUCUGUUAACCAGCUGUUGUUAACAUCUCUCUUGCUAAGGCGACGCUAGCUUCACAAGCAACAACAAAUUUAACACAUAUGCAAAGGUUUAGCGCUUGGCGCGUGUAAAGUUUUUUCAAAAAGUCCAUAUUAAGUACGAGUAGCAUACUAUAAUAUAUUUAUAGAAUUUAGCAAAUUAACUAUUGUGUAGAGAUUUAUCAAAUAAAUUGCCAAAACCAAAAAAAAAAAACUAAAUGAAUAAAGACCCAAGAACGUAGAUAGAUGAUUCGAUAAGCAGUUCAGUCGAGUUCAACAUUUUCAAAUCUUUGCACGCUUCAAGAAAUCAAGAUCAACAACAACAACAACGUAAACAACGGCUAUUCCUUCUCUCCGUUUAUUAGUUACAUUUAUUAUCCUGUACGAGAGUGUAGCUCAAAACGAAAAUAAAAAGCAAAUGCAAACAAAUACUUGACACAUUUCCAGUAGGUUUUAGCGCAAAACAAAAACUAAGCUAAAUAUAAAUAUAUACUUAAAUAAGUACGACUACAGUAUGUAUGUACAAGUAGCGAAGAGUAAAAAAAAGAGAACAAGAACGAAGAUGACAAAUUGCAUACAAAUCGUAAUAUAUAUAAAUAUAUACAUACUUAUAUAUAGUUUAAUGUACGAUAAUUUAGUAUUAGGCAACAACAAGUUUAAUAGUUUAAUUCGUAUCAUGAAUUAUGUAUAUUUAGAUUAUAAAUUAAUUGUUUAUAAUUUCACCGAGACGACGUCGACGACGACGAAGACGAAGAAGGACAUGAGCGCAACGUUGUUCAGAUUUUCAACAGACUGUUGCAAUUUUGCCUAGUUCCCUUAGUGGGUUAAAUUCAGUUUCCUCGAUCUGGGCAGAGUUGUGCUCAUGUUACCCAUGGUGUGUUUGUUGUUAAAUAUUGUUAACGCAUAUGUUAUCCACAAACAAGCCAAGAAAGCAUUGUGUAUAUUGUUUCAUCAUUGUACAUUGAUUUCAAUCAUUUCAAUUAAUUUUAUAAAAUGUUAUCGAUUUGAUAUGUAAGCAAAUUGUAAGAACGUGUUAAAAAUUAUAUAAUUAUUAAAACGAGAGCAGUAAAUUAUGUACAUGGAAAGUUAAAA